AUGUGUGUGUACUGUGUGUAUUGUGUGUGUACUCUAUCUGUGUGUACUGUGUGUAUAAUGUGUGUGUACUGUGUGUACGGUGUGUGUACUCUAUCUGUGUGUACUCUGUGCGUGUACUGUGUGUGUACUCUAUCUGUGUGUACUGUGUGUGUGUACUGUGUGUACAGUGUGUGUGUACAGUGUGUGUACAGUGCGGGUGUACAGUGUGUACAGUGCGUGUGCACUGUGUACAGUGUGUGUGUGCAGUGUGUGUACAGUGCGGUGCUGUCUGCGCCCUCCCCGCCAGGUGGCGCCCUCCUCGCCAUGGCCGCCGAGCGCGCCGCGUCUCCUCCUCUGCUGCGGAUUCUGUGCCUGCAUGGAUACAGGCAGAAUGGCAAGACCUUCCGGGACCGCACGGGCUCCCUGCGCAAGAUCCUGAAGAAGCACGCAGAGCUGGUUUACAUUUCAGCUCCAAACGUGAUCCCAGCCCAGAGGGAGGAGGAGGAGGCGGCGGGUGGAGACGGAGACACUCACACAGACGACCAGCGGGCCUGGUGGUUCACCGUGGACCCAGCCCGGGCCGCGCCGGGCGAGCGCCUCUUCGACUCCACAGCGGCCUCCGCGUUGAGCGUCGGCUUCGACGAUUCGGUGCUCGCGAUCGCACGCACCCUCACCGAGCUGGGGCCCUUCCACGGAAUUUUGGGCUUCAGUCAAGGAGCCUCAAUGGCUUCUCUCAUCCUCGCCAUGCAGAGGGAUAAUGACGCGCGCUUCUCGUUUGGCUUCGCGGUGCUGGUGUCCGGCUUCCGGAGCAGCUCCACGGAGCACAGGGGCGCGUACGCUGGCGGCGCCGUCCCCACGCCCAGCCUGCACGUGCGCGGCCUCACGGACCGCGUCAUCGCCCACCAGCGCAGCGCCGAGCUGCAGCAGGGAUACUCGCACGCCAGCGAGCUCGUCCAUCCAGGGGGUACCCCGCUCGCUCACCCGCUCACCCGCUCACCCGCUCGCUCGCUCACUCACCCACCCAUUCACUCGCACGCCAGCAAGCUCGUCCAACCAGGAGGUAGCUUGCUAACCUGCUCACCCACUUGCUCACUCACUCACUCGCUCACUUACCCGCUCACUCAUCCCCGCAACUCGUUCACUCACCCACUCACUCAUCCCCACACUCGCUCACAGUCACGCGAGUGAGCUCAUCUAGCUGGGGGGCAAACUUGUUCCGCGCUCGCUCGCUGUCUCGCUCACAACACUCACACUCAUCACAUGCGCUUACACUCAGGAAGUAAACAACAACCGCCAUUCACCAGUAAUGUGCGCACAGCACUUGUGCCAGCCUAGGUGCACUUUGAGAUCACGUGAAGUGUCGAAGGAAGGCUCGCUUUUAGGUCACGGAACAGAUCCAAGUGCUGUGGGUUGAUGGAGAUGGGUGGCAGAUGCACUAAUUGUGCUCUCCAUCCAUUGUGCCAACUUACUGCCCAGCACUUUGUUCGUUGUUGUGAGCGUUGCUCCUCUGCCCUCCGUUGUUGUUGGACGGCGACUGCCUCGAACUCAACAGUAGCGUCCUUCAAGAGCCUCCUCCAAAGAGGCCGAUCUUGACACCGCUGGUAACGGUCAUUGGCAACUCCACACAGCUCCAAAUCCUUUUGUACCGCAUUACUCCAUUUCUUCUCUGGCCCGUGUCGUGCCCGUUUAGUCCCCUGCUUUGGUAAGUUGUGGCUGGGCAUGCGGGCGACGUGACCCAGCCAACGCAGCCUCGGCUGGUGGAAGAGCUCACUGAUGUGACUGUGAGCUCAAUCCAGUCCGGUUAAACCCAGGAUGAAUCAUAGGUGCAGGCCAGCCUGAAUGUUUCAAAACGGCACAGAUGUUCCUUUAAAGGGAUCCAUGUUUCGCAAACAUAAAGGGAGGGCACAACUAUGCAUAGCUGUCAACCCAUAUUGUUUACCUGUAUUCUUGUACAGGGAAAUUGAGUUUUCAGGUCCAUACGGCGUACAGCCGUUUCAAUAAGGGCAAACUAACAUUUUUGUGUUUAUCCCUUGUGAUGGGACUUUGUAGAUGAAGGUUAAGAUUUAUAAGGGCACAGAGUGACCAAGAAGGUCUGAAUUGGUCUGUAAUACGGUCGGUGCUGAUAAGGAAAAAAGCCCAUGCCACUCGACCGAGUGAGACUUACAUUGCCACACUGAAGCUGGUUAUAGGCACACUGCCCAGGUACGAACAUUUCUCCACUCUCUCCACGAAUGCCCCAUCACUCAUGGGGAGUGGAUGGGGUGGAGCAUUCUAUGACACAAAAUAGCCAGGCAGGUGUUUAGUUUUGGUGGGGCUGAUGGUAUGUCCCCACCUUUCAGUAGCGCACUCCAAGUUCCGCAAUAGUGGCCCUAACCCCUCUGGUAAUUGAGCAGCAAUUAUCAGGUCAUCCGCGAAACAUGACUGCACUUGGGCAUCAAUCAGCCUUCCAUUUAUAUCUGUACCAGAUGGAAAGUUUAUCGAACCACAUGGUAAGAGAAGAUGUUAAAUAGUGUAGGGGCGAGAGGACAUCCCUGUCACACCCCGUGGUGAACAGGGAACGGCUUUGACCACGAUCAUGAAGGUCCUUAAUGAUGACCACUCACAAUCACACUGGCACACAAACAAAUAACAACAGAGAUCCCGCGUGUAGCCUGAACAGACUGUUGGGGCAAGUGCUGUUAGCGUGAACCUAUGCAGGCUGGAACGUGGUGAUGUUUUCACACCACACCAGGUACUCAUUUGAGGCUGAGUCGACCUAGGAGAGGCCCAUGUUAGAUUCAGAUAAUCGUCACUGGUGUUGGCCGUGAGCGGGAAUCGAACUCGUGUCGCCGGGUUCUAAGCACAACGUGCUAACCGCUACACACACAUGUACCCCCACUCACACAUCUGGGCGGUCAACACACAUCGUUAUUCACGCAAUGAGGUGACUUACACACUCACUUCAGCCACGUGCACCCAGCCAGGAGGUGUGCAGUGACGCGCUCACCACUGCCCACAUUCACACACUCACGACGCGCCUUCACUCACCACCCACUUGCCCUCACUGCGUACCACUCUUACCAAACCCUGAAUCUGAUCCCUCCCCUUGUGCACAUCAACUCUGCUGCACGGAGUGGCUGGUGCGAAUUGACGGUGAUCAUUGAUGGUGAUGAUGGUGAAGACGAUGGUCAGUGAUUGAUAGUGAUGAUCGAUGGUGAUGACAAGUGAUUGGUGGUGGUGAUGAUCAGUGAUUGGUGAUGAUCAGUGAUUGGUUAUGAUCAGUGAUUGGUGAUGAUCAGUGAUUGAUGGUGAUGAUAAACAGUGAUUGAAGGCUGAUUAUGAUCAGUGAUUGAUGGUGAUGAUAAACAGUGAUUGAAGGCUGAUUAUGAUCAGUGAUUGAUGCUGAUGACCAUGAUGAUGGCGAUGAUAGUAGCGGUGAGGUUCAGAUGAGCCGAUUGCGCACCAGGACGUGAACCUGUGCCCUCUGACCUCCUCGGCUGAGUAAGGACUCUGCCCGUCUCUGU